CCUCCAUGAUAAGCAAUGGGACACUCCCCCCGCGCAGGAUGAUGGAGACAAGGAACAAAACCAGACCUCACAGAUUGAGGAGGAACCAGUCCGCAGCGCAGAAGAAUUUGACGAACACCGGGAAGUGUCUACUGCGGAGAGACAAGGUGUGGUUGUUCAGCAAGAACUAGAGUCGGCCAAUGCAGAACAGGAUACCAAAACACUGACAGAAAAGCAUGAUCUUGCGAAGACCGAAGACCUGUCAGAGAACAUUCCGGAUCAGCCAGAGGCAUCGGCUCGCCUAACGAAGAAGCUAUCCAAGAAGGAACGCAGAAAGGCCAAGCAAAGGGCGGAGCAGGAGCUUGUAGAGUCGGAUAGAGGACAGCAGCCAGAUUUUGACGCUGGUGCUUCAGCGGACCCGAUCCCGGUCCAGGAGCAAGUGACUGAAGUACUAGACGCGCUGGCUGCUGAACAGGCUAAGAUGGACGAUGUCUCUCCAGGAUUACCCUCUGGGGAAGAAGAGAAGCGCCUGGAAAGCCAAACCCUCGAUGUCAAGAACCCAGAAGACUGGGAGAAAAGCGAAGUCGAUGCUACCGAACGAUCACCCGAUUCCUCACCCGAAGCUCGUGCUGUCCCGUUCGAGCCAGGCAUUGCAGACUUUGAUGAGAACGCAAUCCCGGAAGGGGUGAUCCGACAUCCAAGCGCAUCAACUGCGACAGGGAAAACGACCGCCAGAGCAUUCCAGCAAAUCCGAGGCGACGUACAAGCUACCUCUGAAGCAACUACUGUUCCGCCAAUUUCACCCUCUACCGCACUUGAUAUCGAACACUCCAUCUAUGCAAAGACUAGCAGCGAGUCCCUCGGUUCGGAGUCGCAGAAGCAAAGCAAAGUUGCCAGCAUCUUUCCUGAACUGGAACGGGGAUUUUUCCGUCGACCAGCUCCCGUUGAGCCGUCCGAGUCAGCAAAAGAUGGGGCUGAGGAAGAGACUAUUGACAAGGAAGCAAUUCGCGACAGCGCGAUAGUCUUGGAGGCGCCCAUCAGCACGGCCAACUCCCCUUCGUCGGGGCAGGGCGAUGCCAAAACUGCUACAGAACCUACUCAAGCAGAUGAGUCUACACAGCCGGAGACUGGGUUGCACCCUUCUUCAAACGAGCCUACGAUCGAAGUUGAAGCAGAUACUUCGUACAAUGUUUCUGUGCUUUCGGACGGACCGGAAGAGAAGUCUAGACAAAUUGACAUACGGUGGGAAGAACAGAAGGACAAGGAGUCUCCCAGGGAAGUUGAAGCUGAAACCGCAGAGCCCAGCCCUUUCUCCCACCACGAGGCUCCACUAUACGCCCCAUCGCCCGUGCAUGAGCGACAGUCGGUACUCGUUCGGUCAGGAUCCCCAUCUGGUAGAGAUAUUGGACGAGAAACGUCACGCUCCAGCCCAACUUGUGAGCUACGACGCAGCCCAUCCAUUCACGGUCGACAUAACCAAACGCGGCGGCCGUGGUCAUUGGAGGUCGACCAGAACUCUCAGCCACGUACACCCUCGCCGCAGCCGACAGGGGUGGAUAGAGAGGCAGUCUCACCGCCGCGGACACCAUUGCAAACCAUCGAGGAGGACGAGCCAAGGGGUCGGACGGAGCGAUCCACCGGCUCAAGAACCGUGGGUCACGAACGCGGCACGCCCCGUCUGGAGAUGAAGCCCGAACAUGUGCUUCCUCGCCCCGAAACCCCGACCCGGAAGUUUACUGACAAUGCGCUGGCCCGUCAGGCCUGGCCAACGCCGGACAAGGAGACGCCGUUUGACGAAAACACGGAUGUCGAGGUCAAGAAGCGUCGACCUGAGAGUCGAGUGGUGGACGGUAGAUGGCCGGCUGAGGUGCUCAAGACGCCGGAACAAGACAAGCCAAUUCUGCGGCCCACCAGCAGUAGCAUCCGAGGGGUUAAGAGCAUGCACAACAUUACGCCGAACCUCGAGCAGACGCCGACUCCACGAUCGCUGCGACGCAAUCAUCGCACUGCCAGCGGAGAUUUGCGGGCGGCAGCCACCACUCAGGCGCAGGAGACUGACGACCAAUCAGAGCGCAAGCCCCAGCCUCCCGCUUCUUCAGCCUCGGACCUCAACCUCGAGCGCAUCGCCUCUUCUUCCUCCUACGACCCUGUCACCGACAAGGGCAAGCGUCCCCUUCGUAAUAUGACGGACGUUUAUGAGGGUUGGGGUGAGACGCCCAGCUCGCCCCGGUCGCCUAGCCGACCGCCCAGCAUCCGGCACCGUCGAAGUAUGCAACACCUCCAAGAACUUGAGUCUCGUCUCGACCGCCUCAUCUCGGAAAAUCGUCUUCUCGCCGCUGCUCGUGAGGAAGCUGAAGAUAAACUCCGCAAGACUUCCGUCGCUCGACGCAAGAGUGACCAUGCCCUCAACAGCCGCGACGCCGAUUUGCGGGACAAAGAUGCGGAAGUGGAACAAUUGAAGAGCUCGUUGGAGUGGUUGCAGAAGGAAGUAGCCCGAUUGACCGAGGAAAAUACGGGACUUGCGACGACGAGCUCCAACCUCACUGCCACACAUGCACAGGAAGUUCAAGUUAUGCAGGAGACGUUUGAUCGCCAAGUCGAUGAAUUACGCUCGGAGAACCAACAAUUGUCGGCGGAAAUGCACGAUCGGGUGCGACAAGAAGUGGAGAUGGCGUUGGCCCAGAAGGAUAUGGAGCUACGACGGCUACGGGAGGAAUUGGAAAAUGCUCGCGACAAGGUGAAGCAACUACAGCAACAGAUCGCGGCAGCCAUGCAGGACGACGUCUUGGUCUUUCGCGACGAGGAUUACUUCGAUGCUGCUUGCCAGAAGCUAUGUGGUCAUGUACAGCAAUGGGUCCUCCGUUUCUCCAAACACUCCGACCACCGCCGGUGCCGCAAGCUCAGUGACCUGCAAGAUGAAAAGAUUGCCGACCGAUUCGACAACGCCAUCCUGGACGGUUCCGAUGUAGACACCUACCUCAGCGAUCGCGUUCGUCGUCGUGAUGUAUUCAUGUCUGUUGUCAUGACCAUGGUAUGGGAGUUUAUCUUCACACGAUACCUAUUCGGCAUGGACCGUGAGCAACGGCAGAAGCUCAAGUCUCUGGAGAAGCAACUGGCCGACAUUGGCCCACGCAGUGCUAUCCAUCGGUGGCGUGCCACUACUUUGACUCUGCUCUCGAAACGGCCAACCUUCUCGAAGCAGCGUGAGAGCGAUACCGAGGCUGUUGCCUUGGAGAUCUUUGACACUCUGUCGCGCCUCCUCCCGCCACCUACCAAUGUCGAGGCUCAGCUUUUGGACUCGCUCCGCAAGGUGCUCCGUGUCGCGGUCCACCUGUCGAUCGAGAUGCGCACACAGCUGGCAGAAUACAUCAUGCUACCGCCACUGCAGCCCGAAUAUGACACCAAUGGUGAUCUAGCUCGCCAGGUCUACUUCAACGCCUCCUUGAUGAAUGAGCGCAGUGGAGAGACCACGUCAAAUGAAGAGCUGGAAACGCAGCAAGCGGUAGUACGGGUUGUUCUGUUCCCAUUGGUGGUGAAGAAGGGCAAUGACCGGGGGGAAGGCGACGAUGAGGUAGUUGUCUGCCCGGCCCAAGUACUCAUUGCCAGACCCAACAAGGAUAAGAAGGUGGUGAAGAUGCUCAGCGGCGAUCGCAUGUCCCUGGAUGCUACGAGAUCGGUCCACAGCGUCGCCCCGUCGUCAACCAUGGACAUGAGCAAUGUGAUCUGAGGCGUCACACUCAGACCAUGACUUGUCUCAUAGUCUACGAAAAACGACGACUGCACACUUUGCUGGGAGUCGGAUCCAUCCUGCUUUGCGGGUCGUUAUGGUUUUGUUUUGUCUUUUGCGUUGGUUAGCACGGGAGGCGUCAGGACGGAUGGAUGGAUGGAUGAUGGGAGCCGGAUUCCAAACCGGUUCACAAAAAUGGUAAUGAAUAAUGCUUGGAAGGCUACUUGGAGCGUUUGCUGUGCUUUCAAUUAUAUCCCCUGCUUGGUUGCUUGGUUGCUUUGAUUCUUUUUUUCUAUUUGUUUUAUUUUGCAUAAUUUUUUUCAUUUCUUGUCUCAUAUUGAUGAUGUCUAUGAUGAUGCCCGAUAUCUAGAGCUGACGAUAUGACGGCCUUGAUUGCUACUUUUGAAGUUAUUCCUUUCACUUGACCAUGUUGUUGAUGUAACAUUGUGUUUGUGGUGUCUAAUAUGUAUGACUGUAUGUAGUAUGAUGACAAUGAGACCAUUGAAGGCUCUGUGAUGG